AUGUGUAGACAGUUUCACUUGUAUUCAGAGUAUAUACUUACAAUUGUAGAGGAAAAGAGGACUGUUACGAGUCCUAUUCAAGCAUAUGAAACUAAUUUAGAUAAGCAGUUGCGUGUUUACAAGUUGAAGAAGGAUACUUUAAUGAAGGCAACCAAGUAUGUUAAAGAUGGUGACAAAAUUCAAAAAUUGAUUGAGUACUGGCGUACAGUAGCACAGCUUGCAUCCAAUUACGUUUUCAAUGAGAGAUCAAUUGCAAUUCAAAAAAUGGGUGGAUUUCAAGAAUGGCAAAGACAGCAAUGGGAAAAGAAAAAGCAAAAAGAGUUGGAAGAAAAAGAAGCUCUAUGGGAAAGGAUUUCAGAGGAAUUGCAGGCAAUCUCCAAUGAGAGCAAGUCAGCAGUGAUGGAGCAACUUGCUGAACUCGGUUUUGUCGUAUCUGAUGAUGGUGAAAUUGUAGAUAAUUUACACAAAGAAAGUGAAACGGAACCAGAGUUUUCCAUGGAGUUUACCAUGAAAGAUUUGUACAGGAUCUUAAAGCUAGAUUAUGAUCUAGUGUAUGAGUAA